AUGAGGCUUAAUGAAUUCAUUCGGAGAUACUUGGGCGAGGAGUGGGUUGUGGAAAGAAAUGGGAACGUCACGAUGGGGAUUUUUGUUCAGAAUCCCGAGACGUUUAUCAAAAAGAAAGAGUUAUUACACACAAUAAAGGCAUCGCCGUCAUACAGAGAGCUGAAAAGAGAGAUGAAAAGAGAGCUGGAGGAAAGGAAAAUACUAUGGGAGGCUGUUUAUAAGCUUCACCACGAGGGUGUGCAUUUUCUCAGGCAAUGGGGGGAACAUGAGGGAAAGGAUACGGUCACUCCUGUUGCAAGGAAAAAACUAAACGCAGCUAUUUCUCAUGUACUGAGAGAAGAAAGGCGUGAGGUGGAAGAAAGGCGUGAGGCGGAAGAAAGGGCAAGGCAUGAGGCAGAAGAAAGGCGUUGGGCGGAAGAAAGGGCAAGGCGACGGCAAAAAUUAGAAAUGACCGUUACCACCACGAUCAAAGAUGCGCUAUUUAAAGGAAGAGUUCGCGUCAUGGACAUGCAAUUGAAUGAUUUUCUUGUGAUGGAGUUGGACGGCAUGGGCUUUUUGCCCGCCAACCGGAAUGUCUUGCUGAGGGAUUUUUUAAUUUACCCCACAAGGUAUAUCCGCGUUACGUUUUCACUGCUCAAAAUGCAGGAAUCGGAUCGUUACAAGAGGAUGGAGAGGGCUGUGAGGGACGAAAUGGAUAUGGAAGAGGACGUACGCAAGCUUUACGAGAAAGGUGUGGACAAUCUACUGAAGUGGUCAUUAGCUGCUGAGGAGGUAAAAGCAAAUGUUCAUAACCUCACCAAACGUUUCUUGGAUGCAGCCUUCAUUGAAUUGAUGAGCUCAAUGGCGAUGAGUGCGCCGAUUAGACUGGAGGGAUGCUACGAGUCUGUGUACAAUGCGAGGUGGCACCAUGUCGUGGAGGUUCCUGGUGGCGAGGGGAUGGGAAUGGAAGUGAGGGAAGGGGAAGCACCGCAGUCAUGGACGUACAGGGAAUUUGACGACACCCUCGAAAAGGAUGACGGUGUGGAGGAACCCGGUGCACCACGACUCAGGCUGAUGGUGCUCGCCUCGGACAAGGGGUGGCCGUACUCGUGGGAGGAGAAUAAAUCCACUCGUGACUGCUAUGUGAACUGUGAGGUGGAUCGAGUGUGGCAGAUCGUCAAGGGCGAUCUCACCGAGUGGUUCAGCAGUCACCGUGGGACCGAAUUUAAGCCCAAGAGGCGUCUGUUGAUUGGGACGCCCGGGAUCGGGAAAUCGAUGAAUGUCGGCUCGUACCUCCUCUACCGGCUGCUGCACUACGAUGUCGAGCAGCUCCCAAUGGUUGCGUACUUUAUUGGGAGUCAAUCAUUUCUGUUUGACAAGACCACCAAAACGGUAUCAACAUACAGGGGUGACCCCAGGAUUGAUGAUGUUGUAAACAUUUUUUCUUUGCGUGGGGUGAAGGGGUAUUGUAUCUACGAUGCGACAUUGGCAUGUCGUCAACCGCCUGCCGGUUUGCCUUGCAGGGGAUGGGGCAUGAUUGUGGUGACACCACCAGACAAAAACGAAUAUGAACGGUGGACAAAAAAAAUGGACGCUACUGCAAUCGUAACGAAUUGUCCCGAAGAAAACGAUGUGAGGGCAAUGUGCGUUUGGAUGAAACGCAAUUGGCCCCUGCAGGAGCAAGCGGAAUACUGGGAGGAGGUGAGUGGUCGCAUGAAUAACGUGGGACCAAUUCUCCGCUUCAUCUUUGGCAAACAGGCGUAUGAUGACCGCAUUAAAGCGUGUCAGCAGGCCGUGGAUGGGUCGACCGCCUCGGAAUUAGAGCGCAAUUUGGGUAUUGGCUGCUGUUACUCGUCCAAUGACGGUGACUUGUCUCGAAAGCUUGUGAAGGUUGUCCGAGUACGACGAGGAAACAGCAUUGAGUCGCCUCUGAAUGUAUUGAUAUCUCCCCACCUCGAACGUGAAACUUUGUCCCGGUUGGAGAAUGAAAUGAAGCAGUCCGAUUUUAUUUUUUUCGUUUUGAGGUUCUGGGAUUAUGUCCCACCAUAUCUUAUUGAAAAGUAUGCCGCAUCCGCAUUUUUGAAUGAGGAUUUUCUGCGUGCGAUAAGACUCAAAAUCAGGGAACUGAGGCCACCAGGACGACGUGAGCCACACAGCUGUGCGCUGAAAGAGCACUCAGACAAGAGCUUCACCAGAAAAGAGGUUCUACCGCCACCGGAACGCCUUUCCAAUCCGGUUGCUAUGGACCACUGGGUGCUGUACAAACCGUGGGCCACAAACUUUCCGCUGGUGGACGCCUUUUUCUUUGUGGACUCAAAUCCAAUGACGCUGGUUGGGCUGCGGAUGACUACGGCGGGUGGGCACCACACGACAACCAGCACUGUGCGGCAGUUCACUGAGUGCCUGGCGGCAUAUUUUAAUGGUUGGGAGGAGUUAUCCCGAGACCUGUCGUGGGAGAUGAUUUAUGUGCAGCACGCAGACAGCACGCCGAUGAAAGGCUGGCAGGGAUGUGAUGUCGUCGACUCCAAUAAUGUGAGCCGCGCUGAAAACCGAGAGAUUGCGGCGUUCUGGGAGGAAGAGGUGCACCAGUACAUAGCAGCAAUAUCGUCGGACGAUGCCAGAAGGAGCGAAGCUCUCUGA